GACCCUUGCACCCUCGGACAAGUCAAGGAUCCACACCCGUCCAACACCGUAAACCGCGACGGGUAUGCACGGUGUACGUGCGGGUCUCCAUAAUCCACACCGUACCCGUACCCGCCACACCCGUCAGCGAUAAACCGCGGGUUUACCCGUACCCGUGCUCUACCCUAGAUAUGGCGACAACUUGGCAUCAUGAUAAUGGCACUAAUCGCCCCCGAGUUGAUGGUUACAUGGGCUAUGCGCCAGCGGCUCAGCGCUCAACAAGUUACAAGACAGUUCGAUGAAUCGGGGUAUCCCAGUGUUCGUCCGGCGUUUGAAGAAAGGGUGUCUGUUGAAACACCUGGAACUAGAAAUCCCUUUCUUCUCCUCUUUCUCCGCUUCCAUGAGGGUACCGCUCGCCUCUCUCUCCUGCUUUUUACAGGUGUAUUAUCUGUGCUCGUGUCUCCUUGGCGUUUCCUUUGUGCUCUCGUAGGGUGGGUUGCAAGACGGAUACAGUCAGAGCAUUCCGAACCCGACUCUGAAGUUUCUACGUGGACUCAGACGCACAGCUUCUUUGUGCUCAUGGGUGGUUUCAUGCUUUAUGCGAACGGGAAACCCUACCUUACACUACGUCCUGACUACAUUCUCAAACUGAUACAUGACAAGUGUAUCGACGCUCCUACCCUGACCGCAAAGCAGAUCCACGACAGGAGCAAAGGCAAUGCGAUAUCGAAAGGAUUGGUCAUGCUCCAGGUGGCCUGGUUCGUCAUGCAACUCAUCACCCGCGCUGUCUAUCACCUCGAAAUCACCCAGCUCGAAGUGGGGACACUUGCUUUUGCGGUUCUUAAUUUCCUCACUUAUGCUGUGUGGUGGGACAAGCCUCUCGAUGUGCAAUGUCCACAUCCAAUGUACUGGAAGUCAACUGUGUCAAGGCCAGAGGAUCACAUCGAUGUCAGCGACAGAGACGAAUUCGCUCAGCUUCGGUACUUGCCUCGAGUCUUCAGCCCAAUUAUAGAGCUGAUAGGCUGGCCUGACAUUGCCACAUCUCGAAAACUUGAAGUUCCAACAUUUGAUGGCAGCAUCACUCUCAAAGGUUCGGACAGUAUGGUUCUUCUGCUAGCUGGAUAUUCUAUGGGAACCAUAUUCGGCGGCAUCCAUUGUAUGGCUUGGUUUUUUGUGUUCCCCACAUACGAGGAACAGGUGCUAUGGCGCCUAAGUGCCGUCGUUACAACUUGCACACCCUGCCUUUGUUUGAGUGCCUACUUAAACUCGGAAAUGAUAAUAAACCCCUUCACGAGCGUCAUGCGGGGUCUAUAUCUUAUGAUUUGUUUCGCAUUUGCCAUGUUGUACAUUACAGCUCGUGUUGUCCUCUUGGUACUUAUGUUCACCACUUUACGCAAUCUUCCUCCUAACGCAUACAAGGCGGUGUUGUGGACUAGUUUGGUGCCGCACUUGUAA